CAACAUGGCCACUCAUACAUUGUGACGGUCGAUCUCAUCACGUGGUGAAGCUCCAGGCCUUCAGAGGGGUAGGAGAAAAGGCAGAUCUGGUGUUCUAGCUCUCACUUCCUGAUGAUCAAGCUGGGUGAAGGUCCAUAGUCACACAGCGGCUCUGCGAUAAUCUUCGCUACUCGUAUUUAUUACGACAGCUGUGGUCAGACGUGACGGUGGGAUCGGCUGCUUAAGGGUGAAAAUGGACUACUGGAAUGCUCUGAUCAUCUACAAGGAGAUGCUGCUGCUCUAUGUGGAUGAGGGCCGGCAGUUCGUGAACUCGAGGUGUCAGAUUUUGGAACCCUGGCAGAUAAUUGUUGUGACAGUGCUGUCCACCCUUUUCGCCGUCUGGAUCUCGGGGAUUCUUUUCCAGAGAGAGAGUCUGGUCUCAAGAAUACAGAAACAGUUCUUUAAAAUUAUAAGGAAGAUCCCAUUUAUAGGAGCAUCGAUCCAGGCUCAGCUGAAUAAGGCUUUGGAUGACAUGUCUGUCAGCAUUUGCUCACUGAAGAAUGGCAUGAGCUACAUGCAGGCUUUGCCGAAGCACGGCCUGUCUCAGGGAGAUGUCUUGGAGAAGAUCAAGGAGUACGACUUGCUGAGUGAGGUUCAAUGGCAGAAGGGCAUGGUUUCAGGCACAGUGUACAGUGGAGAUGAGAAACUCACAGAGCUCCUGGUGAAGGUAUAUGGUGAUUUUGCAUGGAGUAACCCCCUUCACCCAGAAAUCUUCCCUGGGGUACGGAAGAUGGAGGCUGAGGUAGUCAGAAUGGCCUGUACUCUCUUCCACGGUGGCCCUGAAUCCUGCGGCACAGUGACUUCAGGAGGAACUGAAAGUAUCCUCAUGGCCUGCAAAGCCUACAGAGACAUGGCGUACGAGCGAGGGAUUAAACACCCUGAGAUUGUCGCCCCUUUGAGUGUCCACGCUGCCUUUGACAAAGCGGCUCAUUACUUCGGGAUGAAGCUCAUCCACGUGCCGCUGGACCCGAAGACCAUGACGGUGAAUGUGAAGGUUAUGAGAAGAUUCAUCUCCAGGAACACAGCCAUGCUGGUAUGUUCAGCUCCUCAAUUUCCUCAUGGAAUUAUGGACCCUGUGGAAGAGGUGGCGCAGCUGGCGUUGAGGUACCAUGUACCGUUUCAUGUGGACGCAUGCCUGGGCGGUUUCCUCAUCACCUUCAUGGACAAGGCGAAAUUCCCUCUGGCUCCCUUUGACUUCCGGGUCAAAGGGGUCACAAGCAUCUCAGCAGACACACACAAGUAUGGCUAUGCCCCCAAAGGCUCAUCUGUCAUCCUCUACAGGGAGCAGAAGUACCGUCAUUUCCAAUACUUUGUGGCCCCCGACUGGCAGGGGGGCAUUUAUGCUUCACCUUCAGUGGCCGGCUCUCGUCCGGGAGGCAUUAUUGCUGCCUGUUGGGCCACUAUGAUGCAUAUGGGAGAGGACGGAUAUGUGGAAGCCACCAGGAAGGUCAUUGAAGUAGCUCGCUUCAUUGAGGCCGAGAUCCGGAAAGUGGAUGGUGUAUUUGUCUUUGGGAAGCCGGAGGUGUCUGUCGUGGCUCUUGGUUCAAAGGUCUUUGACAUAUUUCGGUUGUCCAAUGCUCUCACCUCCAAAGGGUGGAACCUUAACACCCUGCAGUUUCCAUCCAGUAUCCACAUCUGUGUGACAUUACUGCACACUAAACCAGGGGUGGCCACACAGUUUGUCAGGGAUGUCAAAGAACAAGUAGCAAUCAUCAUGAAGAACCCCAAGGAAAAGACCACAGGCAUGGGUGCCAUCUAUGGCAUGGCCCAGUCCAUACCUGACCGGACAAUGGUAACUGAGGUCUCCCGCGGCUUCCUCGACUGUCUGUACAGAACAAAUGUCCAUUCAUCGGAGCAGAGACAUUCGAAUGGCAUCUCCAAGGCCCAGUGAGCAGUUCUGUGUGGCACCAAGCCAACGUCUCGCUCCCAAAUCCUCAUCCGAUCGAUGCCUUAUGCUACCUUAGAUUCACCUUGUCCUGUAAUGUGUGGAAGCACAAACUCCAGUACUGUGUCUCAGACACCUGCCUGCCUUGAAGAGGAGAGCUGUGAGGCUUCUCUUUUGGCUGCCCUCCCAUCCAGCAAUAAGGGGGGGGGGGUUUGGCCUGCUUUACUAUGGCUUUUAACUUGGGAUGGGGGGGAUGGCCAGACUAUCGUCCACACUGAUCUUUACAUUUUCAUGUAAAACAGACUAAACAGACAAUAUUAUUUAAAUCCCGGUUCUGUAGUUAUUUGCCUGUAACAUAAUCAGGAGUGUGCAACCUGAACAGGGUCAGCGAUCUGUGUCUUGGGUUCCCAACCUCUGAGCUCACAACAAGAAAUAAGGGCUCUGGACAUUUCUGCCUGUUUAUAGAUUGAUAAUAUCACUGUACUGAAUGCCUUAUUCAACGCUCUGCUAGUUUUCUUCUAGUUUUAGGCCUCAGAAAUUUCAUGAGAUGUGAGACUGCUAAGCUAAGCAAGCCAAGGGUCUGUAGGCAUGUUCACUGCAGAAACUGAUCAGCGCCUUAAAUAUACAGCAUGACGUCAUGCCACACGCUUGUUCUAAGAACUGUGUUUUCUAAAAUCAUUUCCUAAAUUGCCCAUGAAAUGUGCUAUUAUGAAGCAAAGUCAAUAUUGUUUUUUUUAAGAUUUAGGAGGAUGAGAGGUAUUAUUUUUUUUUUUUUGUACUUUAAUGAUCCAGUUUUCUGAGAGAUGAAUGGAUGAAUUACUUUCUAGUUUCAAUUCCAAUUGAAUGUAAUAUAUUGAUAUUAAUUUAAAAUAUUUACAAUUGUUUACUGGAGCAGAAUAACGUCCACAAAUGCAAGGAUUGAGGAGCUCAGCAGAAAAAGAAUCUUGAAGCAGAUGGUGAAACUGGUCAUUUUUUAAGGCGUACAUCAUUUUAAAUGUCAGGGUACACAAGUGUUGAAUUUGAUUUUAAAAUGUUGCAUUUUGGAGUCCUGUCUUUGCAGAAGUGCCUUUCGAAAUGGCUUUAGGGUUGAUCAGUACUCAGGAAUGAAGAGGAGAGUCACUACUAGGAAAACAGUCCCUUUGUCUUAGGAGAGGCAUUUGUAGUCGGGGGAUGUAUGGGGGGUGAAGCAGAAGGACUUUAAUGAGCCUGAAACCUGAACGACGGGCAGAGCCUUUAAGGGCCUUUAACUGAUCACUUCAUUAGUAGCAGUGUACUUAAUAUUAAAAUACAUCAUAUAAGAAUGAAUUUCACAAGCUAAUCAAACUUGGAUUUCCAAAACUAUAACUACAUAAAUUUCUUUCAUUGUUAAAGAGAAAACUUGCUUCCCCGCAUGUAAAUGCAGUAACAACAUGGCAAACUGUUGAAAGCUUGUCCAUCUGUAAUUAGGCACAUGACAAGCGAUGUCUGUUUGGGCAGAAAUGCAGUGCAUUUCUGUCAACCUCUGAGUACACACCACAGUGUUGUUAAAUCUGUCAAUGUUCUACAGAGUGACUCAUAGUAGAUUUUCUCUGGCUUCUGAUUGGCUGAUGUAUACUAAGAUGACAACAGGUUGGAUGUCAUUGUCUUUUUAAAAUUUUAGGUGGAAAUUCUUACUAGGUCUGGAUUAUAUAAAUUGCUAGGUAAUUCUCUAUACUGUGUUAAUUCUGGGUCAUAUAGCGGUAAAUAGCACCCCCCACUCCCACCGCAUUAUUGCUUGUGAUGUGUUUUUUUUUUUGUGCAACUCUGUAAUUCCUGAAUGUGAAACCUGUGUGUAACCACUAUGUGUCAAGGAUGAAUAACACGUAACGUCUACUAUUUCAAUAUGUACUUUUUGUUUUGAAAAUGUAUGACAAUAUGGCGGUUGGCAAGAAUUGUUUUUCUUUGACUAAUGUUUUCUAAAUUGUUACUGAAAUUAGGGGACCAGGAAAUGGAUGCAAUAAUGCCACUUUUUGCUGAUUUAAAAUUUUUAACGGUUAAAACAUAUUUGAUGAAAUCAUAUGGAAGUAGAAAUGUUUUCAAAAUCCUGAAACAGCUUUAGCUGAAUUUUAACUUGAAACUCAAUUUGAAAUUCCUCUGAUGGUGGCAAGCCCAUCUAAUGGCGUUGUGAUCUCAGAGUGACUGACGCAGAGGCUCUCCAAUCACCUCCACACAUUUAACAUCAGGUACUUCCUGUGGUCUCUUAGUGACCAAGUAGCAUUCACCCAUAUGCCUUCAGUGUUUAAUCAUUUGACAAACAAGAUAGUUUUGCCUCAGGGAGUCUGGCAGCAAAUCCUGAAUGGCCAGGUCCUGUAAAUAGGCGUGGCUAACAUAAACUAGCAAGUUUUGUACGAAUUGUACCUGAUGGGGAAGAAUAAAGAUGUAAUUACAAGCA